AUGGUGAAGGCGGGUGCACUGCUCCUCCUGCUGGCAGUGGCUGCCAGCCAGGUCGACCUUUCUCUGUCUCAAGUCAUUAACGGUUCUGGAGAGGUGAACAUCAGCUCCUGCCCCAUCACCUUCUAUGGACGCAAAUACUCAGUGAUGGAAAACGCGAGUGCAGUGGUCGGGAACUCAUCUCUGGGUUCAUGGUCCUACAAUACCAGUGUAGGACCUGCCAGGGGUUCCGUAGACGUCAGCGGAUGCAGACUCUCAGAUGGCGUUCUUGCAUCCGGUUCGAGCAUGCUCAGUCCAGGAACUUGCUCCAACUUCACCUGUAGCGUCUCUGCAGUCCUCAGUCGUGCUGAUACAUGUGGACCCCUGGAGGUUUGCCUGGGCAACAACAUCUGCCAUCAACCCCCUAUCGUGUGCACUGUGACGGGCUCCACUGUCAUCGAUUUCUUCGGCAGAGUUAACUCUAUCGGUGAUCGCUGCGCAUAUAAUCUGAUGAGGCCUCUGGGAAGCACGAGUUUCGUCCUAUUGGCACGUUUCCGGGAGCGACGGCGUACAGAUGUGUCGUUCUUGGACCACUUGAUCAUACGGAUAGGUGGUGUAGAUAUUUAUCUGGAGCAAGGUGGAAGAGUUCGGAUUAAUGACCAGGUACAAGCGCUCAACUCCACGGUUCAGCUGGCUCACGGCGUGGAGCUCUGGAAGGACCAGCGUGGAGUCAGUGCCAGGAUAGUUUUCCCCAACAUGACCAUCUUCUUUGAUGGCAACACUGCACAUGUGUCAGGAAAUCUUGGACACUAUGAGGGCUUGUGUGGCAGCCCCACUAAUUCCAGUCACAUCACCACCCUGCGUGCAGCCAAGUCUUUUUACAACAUCUCUGGCUGUGGGCUCUUGAAGCAGGGACUCUUCAGUGAUUGCCACCUCUACGUUGACCCAGAGCCCCACAUAACCGCCUGUAGAAACACUUUGUGCAGCUACCCGACGCUGGACGGCCUCGGCUGCCAGUUUUUUGAGGCUUACGUGAAGGCCUGCAGCCUGAGAAGCAACAUCAUGCUGGUGGACUGGAGGUCAACGACCGGCUGCUCUGCUGCCCCUCACGCCUGUCUGGUCCAGCACUGCAGCUCUCACGAGUUCUGCGCCCUGAAGUUCGGUCAAACCCACUGCCGCUGUCGGGCCCUCUUCGCCUCCAAGCACAGAGCAACAGACACUUUAGGCGAGCCGACAGUCUGCACGCAGAACUCUGCCACUCUUUCUCUGGCUGGUUGUCUGCUGGAGGACAGGGCCAUCAACUCCUCCGCCUUACACCUCAAUGACAAAAACUGCACAGGUGACAUCGACAGCGAGACCCACAUGGUGACUUUCAGUUUCAACACCAGCAGCAACUGCGGGGCGGAGGUUGUGACAAACGGCACCCAAGUCAUCUAUAAGAACGCCGUCAUGACGGGGAACAGCUCCUUGUCCGACGUCAUCACCCGCCACAACCAACUUGUGAUCGACUUCUCCUGCUUGUACAACAAGCCGGAAGUCAAGACCGUGGCCUUCAAGAUCAGAGACGGCUCUGUGGUGCAGCACAUCGUCUCUGGAUUGUGGAAUUACACGGUGAUAAUGAACGCCUACAACGACUCCGGCCUCAGUAACCUCAUCGGGUUGUCCAACGAGAUCCAGCUCAACCAGAAGAUCUGGGUGGAGCUGAGCUCGACGGGGCUGGAUGACGAGCUGGUCGCCCUGGUGACCACCGACUGCUGGGCAACCAACGUGCCGUCAUCUAAUGGGAGCGUGCGAUACAACCUCAUUCAGAAUGGAUGCCCGAACCCCGCUGACCUGACGGUGCAGGUGAAGGGAAACGGAGUGGGAACGUCCAACUCCUUCUCUUUCGACAUGUUCGAGUUCUCCGGGAAAAACAACGAAGUCUACCUGCACUGCAAACUGGAGCUCUGCCUUAAAAAGAGCAACACCUGCCCUCAGAGCUGUGGCGGAGGCGCUUGGAGGCGGCGCAGAUCUUCCAGGUAUAAGCGUGCAGAUGAACACGCCCUCAUCACGAUGGCCUGGACUCACUCGGUGGAUGAAGCUUAG